AGAAGAGAAGCAAAAAAGGGUUCCUUCUAAAACCACCAAAAUAAAUCCCCACACUUCCUUAACUUUCGCACUUUGUUCUCAACAUACCAGAUCCCGCCACCGUAUACGCCUAAAAUGGACCCACCAUCACCGGCUCCGCCGUCUACCGCCACCGAUUCCCUCUUGGACUUACCACCUCUUCCCACUCCGACCACCAAGGUCCGCCUUUUAUGCAGUUAUGGUGGACAUAUAGUUCAACGUCCUCACGAUAAAACUCUUUGUUAUGCCGGCGGUGACAACCGUGUCGUCGCCGUCGACCGUCGCACCACCAUUUCUUCUCUCUCCGCCCUUUCUGCCCAUCUUUCUCGUACCCUUUACGGCAAUCGUCCAUUUUAUCUCAAAUACCAGCUUCCUGACGAGGAACUUGAUUCUCUCAUCACCGUCACCACCGAUGAGGACUUACAGAACAUGCUCGAAGAACACGAUAGGACCAUCACUGCGUCUGUUACAUCUUCCCGUAUCAGAUUAUUCCUCUUUCCCGUCAAACCUGAAUCGUUGGGUUCGGCCCUACUUGAUUCUAAAGCUGAUUCUUGGUUUUCUGAUGCUUUGAAUAAUACUCGGAUCGCUAGAAGGGGUCAAUCAACUGAUUCAGGCUUUGGUCAUGAGUUAAUCGGUUUUGAAAAUUUGGGUGGGUCCAAUUCGGUUGUUUCUUCAGAGGGACAGGGUGAUAAUUUGAGUACAAUUGGAGGGAGUGCUGGAGAUGCCAAGCAAACAUUGGAUUUUGGUGGUGGUUCAGUGCCUGAGUCUAUGGUUUUGGAGACUAGCUCUUCAUUUGGGUCGACCAGUUCUUCCAUUUCUAUGUCUAAUAUACCUGCUAUUGGAGUUCAAGCCGAGGAUGGUGGUGUCAAUUUGCUGGACAAAAGAGUCAGAGUACCCUCAUCAUCAGCUUCAGUAGAGAGCGAUAGUAUCGUUGGAAGUACGGGUUUUCAACCUAAAGUUGGAAUUCACCAAGAGCCACUUAUUCAAGUUAUGUCCAGUAUGGCCUCCCACAGUCUCUUCGAAGCAGAAGGCUCCAACGCCAAUCCCUCUCUCAUUCAGACGCCAAAAAUGGUUCAGGUUUCUGGGUAUCCACUACCUCAGACAUUGGAUGGGAAGCAGCCCCAACCUGGAAUGCAGUAUGUUCAUGGUGGUGCCUGUUAUGUACCUCAUUAUCCUAGCGGUCCUUUGCCAGUAUCAUCCUGUUAUCCAUUUUAUCAGGUUCCCAUGCAGCAGCCACAACAAACUCCUUAUCCUCUGAAUCAACAAUACCCAAUAUAUUUAGUUCCUGUGCAGCAAAUGCAAUCUCACAGUAUGUCAGUGCUGCCCAACAUUAAUCAUGCAGCAGUGAUGGCGUCCAAUCUGCCACCCUUGCAUCCACAAAGUGUCAUAAACCCUCCAUCAGUAGCUUAUAAGGAGGUCAUGGCGGCUCAAUCAGUGCCUGAGUCGGGUUCAAAAGUGUACACGACUGUCCCAACAGCAUCACUACCCAUUAGUGCGCCUUCUCAGACUCGGCAACAAUGUACUGUCCUUCCUGAACCACAGCUUAUUUCCCAACCUGUCUCAACUGCAUCAGUUCCUGCUGCAAAUGAUGCAAAUGAGUUUGAUGAUGAUCUUGCAUACAAUCAGAUAUAUAAAUCUCAGCCUCCUCCACCUUCUUUCAUUUCCCAGUGCCAAACCAUUACAAAGGGGGCAGCAGUAUUACUGUCAGAGUCUUCCAUGCAGAUGCACAGUAACAAUGUAAUGAACCAGGCACCAUCACAUUCUCAGUGAGGCUGUGAAAAGAAGAUCAAAAGUUUUGAUAGUGGGAUCAUCUUUUGUUAUAGUUCACAAAUUUUAAGAUUUAUUCUUUCAUGUUGUUUGAGGCACAUAAACCAUAAGUUUUUCUUGUGUAGUUUGUUUGUCUCUUUAUUUAAUAUUUGUUAGGACAAUCCCCAUACUCUGAAUACAUCGACACCCAAAAAGAGAAAAAAAUUGAAGAAAGUUAAACAGUGGUGAAGACUGAAAGUAGUUGUUUUUGUUUGUUUGCAUCAGAAUAUAUGUGAUGAAUAACAGUGUGUGUUUUACCAUAAAUAUCUGUCUAUUAAUGGUUAGAAACUUUUC